UCGGUUCCACCUUCUUCUUCAACGCAACACUCGAAUUAUGAAGAAGAUACCCGAUUCAUGAUAGCCCCAUUUGGAGAUUCAUUCACGGAUUCUACGCAUGUUGUGAGGAGACUUAAUAAAAUAAUCGAUAACUAUUGGAUGGGGCAGUUUAGUAGUUGGACCACUGCUCCAAAAGAAGUAAAGGAAUUGUGGUGGAAUGAGUUCAAGCGGAAGUUCAGGUGGGAUGAAGCGGAAGAGAAAGAAGUUAAAAGAAUUUUUAAGAAGAAAGCCGGUGAUCACAUGCGAAAUGUGAUGAAUAGAGCAAAGAAAGACAAGAAAAGCCGGAUUUUAUUACAGCCGACAAUUGGGCGGAAAUCAAAAGAACUUGGGACACCGAAAAGCAUAAGCAAAUCAGUGAAAUUAAUAAGAAGAAUCGAGCUUCUAGUUCUAGUGAAGGGUCUGCCACAUAUGCUGGGGGUUCUAUUAAUAUCGGGGAGCAUAGAAAAAGAAUGGCAGAUGAAUUGGGGACGGAACCAACAUUUAUGGCUACAUUUGAACGCACCUUUCAGAAAAAAGAUAAGACAUGGACCGGCAAUCGAGCAAAAGUUAUUAAGUGGUGAUGGUGAUGGUGAUGGUGAUGGUGCUGCUGCGUCCGAGCCAUCUGUUGACAGUAUGGCAUUAUGGAUGGAGGCAUCGGGUGGAAUGAGAAGAGGUCAAAUAUUUGGGAUGGGAUCCUUGUCAAGGAUGUACAGAACGCCGGCUGCUGCAACUUCAUCCUCCAGUGCGGCUUUUUUAAGGGCACAACACGAGGAGCGAACGGACCAAGAAUUGAACCGCUUGAAACAAUUACUGGUACAGAAGGAUGAAGAAAUGAAACAGUUACUUAAAAGUGAAGAAAAACGGCACAAGGAUGUAAAAGUUAUCGAAGACCACUUCCGUAUCAGACGACGUGCCUUCUUCAAGCUGGAGGGAGAGGAAAUCAAACGAAUCACCAAGUCGUCGCAGUUGUUGUCGAACGGUUCAUCCAUGGACUUGAGAAGCGGGAAAUAG